AUGAGUGCAUUCAACAAAAGGGGAUCAAAAGCCCCAAGGGGUCCUCUUCCCACAAGUGGUGAAUUUAUUGCUCUUGGCUUGAAAGCAAGUGGAAAGCAAGAUUUGCCACCAAUUGAUAAAUUUAGCAGCAUCAAGCCAAGCCUUUCAGGAGCAGUUCCAGGCACAUCAGGUGAGCGGAAGAGAGAAACAACAGGAACACAUGGAGCAUCUGCCAUUCUCAAGAAAGGGAAAGCAUCAGGAACACCAUCCCUGACUGCAUUAGGUGUCAGCCGGCCUAAGGUUGAUAGGGGAGAAGCCUGGGAAUCUCUUGCUAUUGAGAUUGAUGCAUCCAGCUUUUUAAAUGAAGUUGAGGAAGCAUAUGAGAUUGGUGAAGAAGACAAAGUUGAAGCCUUGCUUUGUGGAGCAGCUAAGUUGUUGAAAGGCCAAAGAUCCAGACCAGAUCAAAUUGUUUCUCUUGCUUUGUUAUACCUAGCAAAGACUUAUCCCAGUGCCUUUUCCUCUAAUGAUAUCAUCAAUGCAUUUUGUAGCCUGCUUCGACGUGAACAAGCCCUUGGCUUCAAGACUAAAGGGAACCCACAAGUCUCUAUCCUAGCUGCCAAUGUCCUUAUGGCAGCUUUCCAGGAUGAGAAUAUUUGGCCAGAAGUUUUCAUUAGAGCAUUCAUUGAUGACUCCCUUGGAGAGCGCCUGUGGGUAGAUCAUGAGCAAUGCAAAGGCUUUGUUUCCAAUAUCAUGACGGCCUUCAAAACAAAAAUGCCUCCCAGUGUCUUAUUGACAGACCUUGGCCUGGGUAGGAGUGAUUGCCCUUCUCCCAACAAUGUAGCAAUAGAAUUGGAUGAAACUGAUAUAAAUGGUGGGGAUCUAAGUAAUGGAAAAGAGAAGCAAAAUAUACUGAUUCUCCCCAGGUAUAUUGCUUCUAAUGAUGCUGUAGAACAAAUGGUAGUCGACCUCAUAAGAGAUCAGUUGACCCGACGGCAGCCUGUGGAUACAAUCACAAGGAAUUUCUUGCGUCUUCUGACAGCCACCUGUGGACUUCCAGAGGUGCGGCAUCUUGUGAUUCAGAGGUUGGAAAUGUGGCUUCAGAAUCCAAAGUUGGGUCGUGUUGCCAAUGAACUUUUGAUGGCUGUGGCCAUCAAUUGUUCCACUAAUGCACAAAUUGAUGUGGAGGUGAUAAGCCACUUUAUCAAGAUCCGUUUGAAAGCCAAACCCCAUAUAAAUCACUACAUGAACUGCCUAAAAGAGUUGGUGAUGGCUCAUCCAGAAAACUUGUCUACUGUAAUGAAGCAUACCAUUUACAAUGAAUUGUCAUCAUCAAGGAAUCCAUGCAACAUGCAGAUGAUUGCUGUCAUGUUUCAGGUAGCAGGUGAGGCAUCAGCCACCAUACUUGCUGAGGUUUUUAUUGAAUUGUUAGGACAGCAAGAGGACUUCCUGCGAGCUAUAAGGGGUGUGUUUCGGGAAAUUGUGAGAGUGUUGAGGCAUGAGCUCCCAUUUCAUGUGUUCUCACACCAACUGAUGCAAGAAAGAAAGGGAGCAAGUUUCAGAGACCUUGCUGUGGACAUUAAGAGACGUAUGUUCACUUCAGUUGUUGACCUCAUAACACUCUGUAUCUUCUCAGCAAUCUCUCCACCUGUUCGUGAAGCAUACCAAGCCCUGUCCAGAGGAGAGAGAAGAGAUGUUACUGCAUUACGCACAUACCAGCGAGAUAUAUCCAAUAUCCAAAAAGAUGCUGUACUGUGGCUUCACUCUAUUGUGAUGCCUAUGUAUAGACCUCCUCCAGAUGACUAUGUUCAUUCCAUGUACAAAGUUCUUCUCAUGGAGAAAGGAGAACAAUAUUAUUCUCUGGAUAACUGGCCUCCUGAGGGUGAGAGAAACUUCAUUCUGAGGAUUGCAGCUGAUGUGCCUCUUCUACAGGAUACACUCAUGCAGAUCCUCAUCAUUGGCCUAUCCAAAGAUCAUCCAGUAAAGGCUCCUGAUGCUCUUGAGCUUGCAGAUCAGUUAGUACAGCGAGCUGGCCUAUUAUAUACUGAAGGAUUUGAAGUCCUCCGAGUGGACAGAGUUCAACUUGUUGAUCUUCUCUUCAACUUAUCUGUAUAUCAUCAUCCUGACAGCAUUGCACUCCCUUCAGGGUAUACACCCCCAGAUUUAGCCAUCACUAACCUCUACUGGAAGGCUUGGACUGUUCUCCUUAUUGUCACAGCUCAUAAUCCAUCUGUGUUUGGGCCUCUUGCCAAGGAGAGCUACCCCAUGUUAUCAACCCUAUUGGAAAUGUGUAUAACAAAUCAGUUCACAUUCCCUCCCAUCACUCUUAGAUCUGGGGAAACAUAUGAGGAAAUAAUGGGGAAAGAACGGCAGCUUUCCUCUCUAGAGAGUGCAGCUAUUGUGGAAUUUGAAACUCAUUUAGCUGGGGCUGUCAUCACAGAAGCCAACUCUUUGCUCCUGCCACAGUUGACAUCUUUGAAUCCAACUGGUCCUCCUCGGAGGCCUCCCCCAGCUAUCUUGGAAACUCUUAAGACCUUGAAUAAGAAACUUCACUUGGGUCAUCUCCUUUGUAGAAGUCGUGAUCCAGAUUUUCUUCUUGGCAUACUCCAGUGUCAAGGUCCAGCUCAGGCCAUGCCCUGGCUGGUUGAACUUGUAGAAUCUAGUGCUGGAGCAUUUGAUAUUUUGCCUGUCCAGUGCUUGUGUGAGUUCCUCAUGUAUGAGUCUCAGGAAGAUGGAAGUCGAAAGAAUCUGCAAAAGAGGGAUCAGUUAUUACAACACUUGAAAGCUAUCAUACACAAACAAUCAGCUGACCUCCAGUCCAGCCUUGAGAUAUUAGAGUAUUUCUUUCAGAGAAUCAGUUCUCAGAAUCCAGACAUGCGAAGACAGGCCAUCAGUGGGCUUGAACUCCUUGUAGAGAACAGGAAACCAGAUGAAAUGAUGGAAGUCCAACUGGAUGCUAGUCCAGGAGCUCAUAUGCUGGACCUCCUCCCAUUGCUCCCAAAUUUCUCACUCAUGAGACAUUGCAUAGUGAAGGCUCUUAGGCAAGCCUGCCAAAUUGAGAAUGAAAUACAAAUUGUGAGAAACUAUGUCACUUUUUUGGCAAGAUAUGGGUUGGGAGAUUCUCUUGGGGAUCUCAAUGACUUGGUUCUUGAUCUGUCCCAGCUUAUAGUUGAGCGAAGCACUAUCAUAGGUGCCUUACUGCCUCUUGAAGAUGGGGGAAGAUCUGAUGCAGAAAGCCAGUCAACUCUUCAUUCUCUGCUGAUGAUAUUCAACCAAUAUACAAUCAAAGCAAGAGGACCCUUGAAGGAAACUUAUCCAUGGUCUGAUAGUCAAGAUCAGAUCCUCAUUCAAUGGUCAAAUGGAAAUGCAGCAACGAUGCACAUACUAGUGGUUCAUGCGAUUGUGAUUCUUCUAUCCUAUGGCCCUCCUGCAGAGUUUGAUUCAAGCCUAUUCACACAACUCUGUAAUGUCUGGUUUCCUGCAAACUUAGAAUUGCCUGAGGCAUUCUUGGUUGACACCUCAGAAGUUGCACUCCUUCAUCCAGAUUGGCUCAAGCUCCGUAUGAUACGCUCUUCAGUUCCUGAGCUUGUUGAUGCAGCUUUGAGGGAUCUUGAACCAUGUCAACUCCUUCUUUUUAUGCAAUCCUUUGGAAUCCCAGUUCAUAACAUGAGCAAGCUACUUUGGGCAUUGGAUCGAGCUGUUGAAUAUGAUAGGGAUUCAGUGUCUGCAGCCAUUGUGGAUCAUCAAUACAUGACCCAGCUGAUUGAAGUUCAAAGACAGAGAGGAGCUACUGGAGGUUACAAAUUUGAAGAACUGUUAGGGAUAAAUACAAUAAAUGCAAGUCAAGGACACGAGCCAUCUUCCCAUGAUGUUGAAAUGAAAGAACUGCCACGACAUGUAAGGGAUACAAAGGAGGAGUUGAUUGAGGAUAUAGAGAAGGUUUUCCAUUCUUUGUUCGACAUAGACCAAGCUGCCAGUUUGACCAAUGCUGAAAAGCAACAUCAGGCUCAGGUUUUGCAGAGGAUGCUAGUGCAUGAACUUACACAUCCUGGAAUUGACUGCAAGAUUGCAAGAAAUCUCCUGUGCACCAUUACAGGAGUUGUUCAAAGUCCACAAAUGGAAUUUUUUUUUAAGGCUCUUCAUCGCAAUUCCAUCAUUUCAUGUCCAUUAUUUCAAAGUAUCAAUGCAUUGAGGGAUAAGCUUCCAUUCAUCAUGGAAGAACAAUACCUUCAUGUCAUGACUAUGCCUCAACUGACUGGUUUGGAUUCAACAUCCCCACUUGUGCAUGUGCUCAAACAGGCUGGGUCACCAAGGAAAGCUAAUGGUUCCCACACAUUAUCUGUGUCAAAAUUGUCGUGCUCAAUCCGCUCAAGUAGGGACAUAUUACAGGUCAUCAAAGACAAGACUGGAUAUGAAUUGGAAUCCUUCCUGAAUGUCAUAGUUGAAGAAGCAUUGAAGGAUAAUCAUGUAGACAGUCUUGUCAAAGCCAUGUCUCAAAUUCUCCUAUCUGAGAACAGGUUGACAGAUCAAUGCAACAUAUCUCAGGUUUGUCUCUUGGUUGACUGGAUCAGGCUUCUUGAACCUCGAGUGAUAGGGAGCUGCCCUGAUGAACAGAAAGAAUUGAUCUUUGGGAAACGCCCACCAGCAACCAAGGACUACAGCAGAAGACAGCUCUACCUGAUGGCUCUGUUGACUCAUGAGGGAUCCAUUAGGACUCUGAGGGACUGUAUUGAUACCAUGUUAUCCAGAGAGGAUUCAUUUGAUCCGACGUCAGUGUUGGACUUUCUCUGGGCAUGCAUUCAUAUGCCAAAACUGUGGCAGGGUCGAGACAAACACAUUCCAAAGCAUCUGCCUCCAGAAGAUGUCCUGUGUCUCAACACUGAGCAAGUGAAAACAGUGAGUGAAUACAUCUUGCAAGAGGCCAGGGAAAAGUAUGAAGUUAAAGACUUGCAACAUGGCUGUCCAAUCAUACAGAGGCGCCUUUCCCUGCUUAUCAAAUGCUGUGGAGAGGAAAGUAAUCGUUUGGAGAAUCUUGUAUGUCACCUUUCUAAGCGAGCUCAGAAUGAUCCACUUGCAAAUGAUCUUCUUGAAUGGGUGUACCUCAGCCAUCCCUCGGCCAUUGUGCCUAUUCUUAACUCAUCCUCUUCCAAGGAGUUCCUGACUGUUCCACAUCAAGGUUCCUCUCCUUUGGAUGUCCUUUCCCAUGUCCUCAUUUCUUCAUUGGCUGCUACACAGAAGGGAAAAGACUGGGCAAGCAAGAUGAGAGAUUACGAGCUUGCCUGUCGUAAGAUGGCUUCUCAGCAUCCCUACUUGUUUCUUCGUCAACUUCCCAUGCUGGCUGCUAGCCUGCAUGGCCGUGUAGACUAUGAAUUCCCUAUGUUCCGAAGCCGUAAUCACCUCAACUUCUUCACUCAUACCUUGGGGCUCCUUGAACUCUUGAUUCCUCAUGUGUUUCUGCCACAGUAUUCUGAGCCUGUCAGAGAUAUAUUGCAGGUAUUUGGUGAUCUUAUGCGGAAACAUGGGCAAAAGGGAGAAGUUGCAGGACUAUUGAAUCGAUUCAUGCUUUUUGUGCAGAGGUACAUCAACUGUCAUCCCAGUCGAGCCAUUGGAGUUAUGCAGGAGUACAUUCCAGUGCUCAGUGAUCUUACCUGUAUGUACCCAGACAUGAGUUCUUUAUUUUCAGUCCUCUCUGCCCUGCGAGUACCCAGAGUGGGUGAGCAUGAAAAGAAGUCAGAGGGUAUGAACAUUCCAGUGGAGGAGAAAGCCCCAAUCUACAACCCCUUUUCAGGUCUGGUGCACUCUGGACAGGCAGAUGGCUUUCUCUUGCGGUUGCGGAAGGCAGCAAGUACAGAGGAGCUCAUUUGUGUCCUUCAAGACAUUGGAAGUAUAACUAACAGACGGAUAGAAGUUUUACUCCUCUUCCUUGAUCCCAUCAAGAAUCUCAUCUUCCAUAAUAGCAGUGCUGUGCGGGACUUGGCCUAUGAUCUCUUGCUUCGUGCUCUGAGACUUAACCCAUCAGCCUCCAAGGAGUGCUUGGAGUCGUAUCUCCAGUGCUUUGAUGCAGAAGAUGAGGAUGUGAUUUUGUCAGCAUUGUCUCGAAUGCCCAAGAUGACAAUUCUUCUACAGGACAAAGCCACACUGAUCCUUCAGAAGGCAUUCAUUCGGGGUCUCAAUGCCAACAUCAAUGCUGCUCCCUUUAUCUGUGAUUCUGUGGCUCUCCUCCAGGCACAAAUUGGUGUCUGACUUUCUUGAUAAUGUUUUGAGCUCAUUUAUGGUAAUGUGUUGGAAUUGUGCUGGAAAUGUUGAAUAAGAU